AAAUUGUAAACAAUUAGUUGAUAACUUUGAGAGAAAUUUGAGAUCUUCUUUUAGUGGAGAAGAAUGUAGAAAAAUAGAUUAUCUCCAAUGUGGUUUGUGUAAUGAUUGUAACAAUCAUAACGAACGUGAUACAUGUAACGAUUGUGAUGAUUAUAACAAAUGUGAUGAUCAUGAUAAACAUAAUUCAUGUAAUGAUUGUAAUGAUCAUAACGAACAUAAUGAACAUGACAAUUGUGAUUUUGUUGAUUUAGGUGAGGAAG